AUGAAGUAAAUUAACUAGAAAUAGAAUUAAUGUGAUGGAAGUAGAAAUAUUUAGCUCUUCAAAUUAUAAGUGAAAGUUCAGGAUUGGAAAGGCUUGUAAUUAUAAAAAUUUUAGACUGAAACUUAUUAGAUGAGAUUAAAGAUACUCUUAGAUGAUAUUUGUAAAUUGUUGACAUUAAUUAAAUAAUUUAUUAAUGAAAAUGAAUAAAAGGAUUUGCUAAUUUCUCAGAUAAGUUAAUAAAAAAAUUUGAAGGCAAAUUAAUAAAAGAUAGACUAUUAGAAUAAGAGUUAAAAGACACAAUAAGUUUUAACUUUACUUUGGAUUUAAAACUUAGUCAAGUAAGAUUAAAGAAUGAAAUUGCUUAAUUAAAAUAUGAAUUAGAAGAAUAGAAGGAUAAAUAUUUAUAGAAAGAUAAUGAAGUUAAAACAUUGUAAGUCUAUAAAGCAGAAGCAAUAUUAAUAAAAGAAGAAAAAACAUAUGAUUGUAAUUCACAAAAUAAUUGAAAGCAAUAUCUUUGGAAAAAUAAAUAAUGGAAGAAGAACUAUACAUUAAAUUGCAGAUUCGAAAUAAAAGAUUGUAGAAUUAGAUUGAGAUUAAUUA